AUGGCAUCAGUUUUACUUCCGGAAGUUUCGGCGCCUGGUUUUUCUUUCGAAAACUGCCAGCGAAAUGCCUUCCUCGAACAUAAAGGAUUCCCUGCACCGAAAGCCACAAAAACGGGAACAACAAUUGUUGGAAUAAUUUAUGCAGAUGGAGUUAUUCUAGGCGCAGAUACUCGAGCUACAGAGAAUACUGUAGUGUCUGAUAAAAACUGCCAAAAAAUUCACUAUUUAGCAGCUAACAUGUACUGCUGUGGAGCUGGAACUGCAGCUGAUACAGAGAUGACAACUCAAACAGUAGCUUCUCAGUUAGAGCUGCAACGCUUGCACACUGGCCGUACAGUACCAGUAGAGACAGCAUCUACACUUUUAAAACGCAUGCUGUUCCGCUACCAGGGUCAUAUUGGAGCUGCUCUAGUGCUUGGUGGUGUUGAUCGUUCAGGACCACAUAUCUAUUGCAUUUAUCCUCAUGGUUCAGUUGACAAACUACCAUAUGCCACUAUGGGUUCUGGAUCUUUAGCUGCAAUGGCUGUAUUUGAAUCACGUUGGAAACCCAACAUGACUGAGGAAGAAGGAAAGAAGCUUGUAAGAGAUGCUAUAGCUGCUGGAAUUUUCAAUGAUUUAGGAUCAGGUUCGAAUGUUGACCUGUGUGUCAUUCGCAAUUCAGGUCCAGCUCAAUAUCUUAGAACGUAUGAAGAGGCCAACGUUAAGGGCAAAAAGCAAGGAUCAUACAGAUAUACCCCAGGUACAACAGCUGUAUUGAAAACAAAGGUGAUACCACUGGAAGUUGAAUCAGUGUCUGUUCAACAAGUUCAACCAAUGGAAGUGGAGCCCUCUCCCAGCCGUCGCUAA